CAUUGUCAUCCAUGACCUGAGCGAAUUAUAUAGUGCGCAGGAAAAGAAUAUUAGGACGCAACUAUUUCGUGCAUAUCCAUUCUGUCGAGCAUUAGACCAAAGUUUCCCCGAGGAGCAAGCAGUCAGUCAGUCAGUCGGAGCAGGGCGGAAGUGCCAAGCCUUUCCCACAUGGCAUGACGGAACCCGACAUCUUUCAACAACAUCAGCCAACCGACCACUUCGGAACACCAAUUCUUUCACUUCGCACGCACACACAUCCACAUAUUCUCGCAAUGGGUUCAAAUCAAUCAUCUCCCGCACCUCCUCCACCAACCGCCGCAAACAUGGCCGCAGACCUGAAAUCCAACACCGCCGGCACCCCACCCGCGAAGCCAAAGCCAUGCUGUGUAUGCACCGACGAAAAGGCGAAGCGCGACGAGUGCAUGUUGUUUUCCAACUCGAGCGAUCCGCAAGCAGAAUGCAAAGACCUGGUGACAAAAUACAAAGAUUGCAUGGCUGGGUAUGGGUUCAAGAUAUGAGUGAAGGGGAUCAAGCAAUGGUACGAUAGAGUGUAAAUCAUGUGUACGAAUAGGAAAGAAGAUAUACAUGCAUGAUAAGAGUGUUUAGCGUGUGUUUGUAUAAUGGAUAUAGAUCCCGGCGCCAGCAUGAUUGCAUCUGUAAAGAGAAUCCGCUCAUAAU